AUGGCCGGCAGCGACGCGAACGACCAGGGUCCCGCGCGGAGGGGCGGCGCGGCGAGGCGUCCGGGGGCCCCCGGAGGGCGGGGAAGCGAGGCUGCCGCCAGCUGCCCGGAGCCGCUGUCCACUGCUGAAGCGCCGGCCGAGGGCGCCGCGCUGCCCGCUUGGAUGCGCCUCUACUUCUACGGGAUGCACGGGGUCACCCUGGACGUGCUCCUGUCCGCGGCGCGGCGCUUCGCUCGCCGCCCAGACCUCCGGAUGCUGGGCUUCUCCUCGCCCUACCGCUGCCUCCUGCACUCGCUCACCCACUUGGCCCUGGAGAAAGUCUACUUGCAGCAGCGGCGCUGCCCCAGCGCCUUCGUCUUCAAUUUCCUCCUCUACCCUUCGGCCCACGUGGGGCUGCAGACCCUGGCUGGCGCGCUGCUCCGCCGGGUCGGCGGGCCGGGCGGCGCAGCGGCGCCGGGGGCGCUGGACUUGGCCGUGCAGUACGUGCUGGCUCUGUAUCACUGCCAAGUGUUCCUGAAGCGCUUCCUGCGCUUGCGGUACCAGCGGCGGCAACAGCUGCGGGGCGCGCCCCUCGCCCCUGCCGGCGCCCGGGCCCCAGCGACAGCCGGUGGUCGGCGGCGGCGACCUCGCGGUCCCAGGGGCGCAGGGGGAGCCCCCAACCAGGGGCUGCCGGGCCCGCUCCGCUUCCUUUUCUUCGGAAUGCACGGCUUUUUGGAUGAGAUCUUCUUCACCUUCUUCUUUAACCUGCUGGGGCCCGGGGACGGGACGAGCAGCGGCCACACGUCGCUCUGGUCCUUCUUUAUGUACGGCAGCUGUAGUUUUGCGGUGGAAAAGCUCUAUUUCCACCUCCACUACAGUCGGGGCUGGGGCGCCUGGAAGCGAGUACCCUUCUACGUGAUCUUCAUCUACGCGUGGGAGUUGUCCUGGGGCCUGGGACUCCGCACUUGGGGAGCCUGUUCCUGGGACUAUUCUCACUAUCCGCUCAAUUUCAUGGGCCUUAUCACGCUGAUGUAUUUACCUGGUUGGAUAUUCCUUAGUGUGUACCAGGACCUACUUUCCAACGUGUUGUGGCGGGUGAAAUACGUACCUACUAACUAAGACCAAAAAAAAAAAAAAAAAAGGGCACUGGAUUGUCAUGAAUGAAGGCGAUUUAUUUUUACACAAUAAAACGGAGGGGUUUUUUUUUGGUUUUUUUUAGCCUUUUAAUUUUUAUACCUUUUACUAAACUUUUCCAACCUGUUUUAUUCGACAUUUUAGUUUUUCUAUUGGGAACGUAUGCAUAAUACUAUAAUACUUUGAAAUAUUGCUGGAAAUGUAACUCAAAGUACUUAACUCAUCAAUAUUUUAAAACCCUCACUAGUCCAAACAGCAAACCAUCAUACCUUAACAUCAGAAAGCUGUAGUAUUCACUUAUUUGCACUUAUUUGGCGUAGGUGGGUGAUAGUUACUAUUUUUUUUUUUUUUUUUUUUUUAAGUAAGGUAGUUCUUCAACUCAGAGACCAGUGAUUUUUACAAGAUUCGGGGAAGUUUUCUGAUUUAAUGAUUUGUUUACUUUCCUUUUAAUCCAAUGUCAUUUUAAUUUCCUGCCAUGUUUACCAGUGACUGCUGAAAUCCAGUGUCUUGUACUCCUGAAACUACAAUGAAUAGCUUUUAAAGUGCCUCUGUAUAGCACACAAAUGAAAAGAAGCUGAAAAAUUUGAAAACACACCCUAUGAAUCGAUUUUUAGAUAAGAAAUCUUUUCUAGCAACUCAGACAGACGCUUGCCUGGACUCUGUGACUACAGCCAUGACCCAACAUAGACAAAAAUCUCUGUCCUGAUGGAGCUCACAAUAGAAUGUGAGUGCAUUGAUUUAUAUGAGAUUAUGCAGAUUUGCAAGGCUACUGUUUUCGUAUUAGUAAUAGGUUAUGAGAGGCAGAUGGUGUCAGGGUUCUCAUCAGGGCUCUCCCUGGAAUAUCAAUCCAUGGGUCUCUAAAACAAAAGCCCAUUAACAGUCCCUGGUGCUAGUUCUACAAAGAGCCCUGUUCAUUUGUAUUCAGGAAGUAAUUAGCCUGUCUGUUAAUUCAGCACCUUGCUUUAGGGCUUCUCAUUCCCUGUUUACUCAACUUCUUAAAAGUAACAUUUGCUGCAAUUUUUGAACCUUUCAAGAAAAAGCAGGGAAAGGAAAGAACCAUCAGACUGAUCAACUUGGUUACUCAUUAGUAGUUCAGAUAUAGAAAUGAUAAGGCAGUACAAUAUUAACUAUUACAAUAAUAGCUAAUAUUUAGGUAUAAUAUUUAGGUAGUGCUUACCACCUACCAAGAACUGCACUAUUAACAUAUGUAUAUACUUUUAAAUAAAUAUAUGUAUAUAUUUACGUAUAUCUUAAAUGAAUAUAUUACAUACAUCUCAUAUAUAUGUAUUUAAUGUUAAGUAAUACAUAAUA